GGUGCAUGGUUUGGAUUUGACAUUCCGUAUACCUAAGCUAUAACGUCAUUAUCCUUUACUAGAAUAAAAUAUUAAUUUAUGAAGUUAUGUCAACCCAUUUAGCUGACGAAAUAAGUCACCCGGAAGUAGAAUGUCAGUCGGCUAUCUGUUUCCGCUUUUGACUUGAGUGGCUUGACCCCCAGACUGGCAAGAUUUUUUUUCCUGAAAAUCCUUUGAUCUAGUUUUCACACGUGCCAGGGUCUCCCCCCCUCUUUAAGUGUGGUCCCUCAUGGGCGGCUGGUCUAGUAGUGCUGUGCUGCAGCUGUACCGGGCGCUGCUCCGUGCAGGGCGUCACCUUCGGUAUACCGACCGCAACUACUAUCGCCGCGCUUUGGCUCGUGAGUUUCGGCGCUGCCAAACCCUGACGGCACCUGAAGACAAGGAAGAGGCUCUGAAGAGGGGCCAGUUCUUCCUCAGUAGCCGAUUGGGUGGGCUUAUGUAG